AACAUAAUAACUUGUGAUUAUAUCUGUUUGAUUUCUGUAGUUACUAUCAAAUCGUGCAACCCAGUGGUAUUUAGUUUUUACAACUACCUUCGAACACAUCCUUUGCUUAUUCGAAGAAACCUGGCCUCCCCUGAAGGAACUUUGGCAACCUUAGGUCUGAAAACUGAGAAAAACUUUGCUGAUAAAAUCAACCUCAUUGAAAGAAAAUUAUUCUUUACCACUGCAAAUGCUCAUUUUAAAGUUGGAUGCCCAGUUUUGGCUCUGGAGGUACUUUCUAAAAUUCCCAAAGUUACCAAAGUAUCUGCCUUACCUGCCAAAAAAGACCAGGCUGGCCCUGUUUCUAAAACAAUGGGUGAUGAGCCCUCAGAAUCAGGAGCCCUGAGUGACAGCGGCGCGAGUACUGCCCCCGCCUGGUCGGAUGUCACCUCGUCACAGUUUGACUGGAGCCAGCCUGUCGCCAAGGUUGGUGACGAACCGCUUACCCUUGACUGGGGUGAAGAUCACGACAGUGCCUUAGAGGAGGACGAAGACACUGCUGGCUUAGUGAUGAAGAGCAGAGACGCCAGGGAGAAGGAUGCCUGGGAUGGGAAGAGGGCCACAGGCCCUGCCCCGUCGCUGACCCCCCAGGAGGGGGAUAGUCCUGAUGGGGACGCUGACGUGGAUGUGAUUGCUGAACAACUGAAGUUCAGAGCUUGUUUAAAGAUCCUCAUGACUGAACUGAGAACUUUGGCUACAGGUUAUGAAGUAGAUGGAGGGAAGCUCAGGUUUCAGCUCUAUAGCUGGCUUGAGAAGGAAAUUGCUGCCUUGCAUGAGAUAUGUAAUCAUGAAGCAGUUGUUAAGGAAUAUGCCAGCGAAAUGUAUUCCAGGGUAGAUAGUGAUUUUUUGAACCAGGAGGAAAUGGUAGACAGACCAGAUAUUGGUUCCUAUGAGCGUCACCAAAUAGAAAGACGGAGAUUGCAGGCUAAACGAGAACAUGCAGAGAGACGAAAGCUGUGGUUGCAGAAAAACCAGGAUCUCCUCAGAGUGUUUCUUAGUUACUGCAGCCUUCAUGGGGCCCAAGGAGGUGGCCUGGCCUCAGUAAGAAUGGAACUCAAAUUUUUGCUACAGGAAUCGCAGCAGGAAACCACAGUGAAGCAGCUCCAGUCUCCGCUGCCGUUGCCCACCACCCUGCCGCUGCUGUCGGCAAGCAUCGCGUCCACGAAGACGGUCAUCGCGAACCCGGUGCUGUACCUGAACAACCACGUCCACGACAUUCUCUACACCGUCGUGCAGAUGAAGACGCCACCACAUCCCAGUGCUGAGGACGUGAAGGUAACGUGUGUGAUCGCCUGACUCUGCUCGCUGAGGAGGUGCAUGUAUUACUCGCAGUUUGAACUUAGAGGAAAUAUUUCCA